CAGCCGCUCGCCGCCUGCUUCUCUACUGUUACCCUGCAGGUCGAUCUCUUAAGGGUCCACCCGACUUUCAGUUACUUUCAGCUGUUAGUGGGGGAACCUCGCUGCUGAAGAAGGCUGGGCACAAACGCCGUCCCGCCGCCCUUGAUUUCAGCUCCCGGGAGCACUUAACAAAAGACUCCCAAUGGAGCCUUCCUGAGCUUGGCCUCUGACCCGUGGGGAGGGGGCAGGUUAAACCACGUCGGGGGCUCUCAGGCCGUGUCCGCACCUCCCAGCAGGGACACCUGCCCCCACCCCUUCUUCCGCUCCAGGGGUGUCUGGCACCCAGCAAGUCCAGGCCAGUCUAGGGUGAGGCCUUCAGGCCAAGAACAGCUCUUCUCCCCGACACUCGUACAGAAAGGACAAUAUCAUUUCCCUGCCCCGGCAUUCAAAUGUACAUUUUCAAUGUAAGCUACUAUUAAAAUGAUCUAAUACACAGGGCAAGGAAAGAGUCUUUAUACAUCUGGGGCAUAAUGCUUACAAUGAUCCAAAAUUUUGGUAUAAAAGCCGUCAAACGCGUGGUCUGUAUAAUCUGCAGUAUCCCAAAGUAAGGUUAAUACAUUGAACGGUACAGUCAAGAGAUUAGCAUGCAAAUAUUUUGGCACAUCACCUAUCCCAAGUUAUAUUGAGAGCGGUUUGUGGAGAGCCACGGUAGUCGUGAGUGUCGCUUGUAAGCCAACAGCAACCGAAGUGGAUCAGCUCCGUUUGCUGGAUACCUGGGCACAGAAGGUGUGUUCAGCUACAGGAAACACCGCCUGGGCCUGACGCUUUCCCCCCGCCCCAGCUCCCUGCCUGGGGAGAGCUCAUGCAGACCCUGCUUUCACCCCCAUCAGCCGGGCGCUGAUCCUUGCAUUUCAGGGCCUGUGGCUCUCAAACUUUUGGGGGGCUGCGGUUUGUGGGGAAUCUGAAAGCCAGCGGGGGGAAUUUUCCAGAUCAGAGCAAAACCGGAUUAGGAGAAAAGCCAAAUCUCCUGUGAACGGCAAAUCCCAGGGGAGCCAGAUGGAGCUGGGAGUCUGGGACACGCCCCCCACCCCCGCUGGGGAACAAUGGGGGGGGCAGGGCCUGGGCAGGGGACGAUGAGGGGGAGACACAGAUCAUGAGGGGGAGAGGAUGGACAGACCAGGGAACCAGCUGUCUCCUGCCAGCCCCGGCCUCAGCUCCAGGGGAAGAAAGGAAACCGAAACUCAGAGGAGAAGUGGCGGGCGGGAGCGGGGGGGGGAUUUUUAUUCAUUCUGUGGCAGAGCCAGAGCCAGAGAACCACGCUGUGCUGAGAGAACAGGAGAGACGGGAAGUGCUGGGGGACCAGGCCGCAGCCGGGCCGCACUGAGCUGGUCACCCAGGCACUGAGUUGCGCUGAUCCCUCCCGCAGCCGGCCGUGCUCGGGCACUGGAGGUCCAUGGCUCACUGGAGGACCAUCAGCCACCGCUGGGCCACUAACUGGCUCCACUGGUUGCUCCUGGACUGGGCCAGGAGGCAGCUGGGCCACCUGUUGCGAAUGUGUCUCGGGGUGGCCUUGGCCGUGAUGCUGGUCUUCAUCAUCCUCUGCAUCCUCGCUCGUGGGCUGCGACAGGAGAUGCUGGGCCUUUCCCCCCUGAGUGCCGGGGACCCCACGGCUCUGAUGGUCCGUCCGCCGAGCCUCCCCCAGGGUGUCCUCAGCCUCCUCCGGGACGCCUUGUUCCACGUUGCCGCCCUGCUGUCCUUCCAGGAGCCUCUGACCAUCGCCAACCUCCUGAGGCACCGGGACCGGCUGCAGGGCCUGGACGAGGCGAGCUACGAGCUCCGGGAGUGUCUCGAGCGGGCCGUUGAGGAGUUCAGCAAGGAGCCGCCGGCGGUCCAGGCCAACGCCUGGCUGAGUGUCCAGUGUGCGGGGCGGGUGCUGGAGUUCCUCUCCGGCCAGGGGGACUGCAAGAUCUCGGUCUAUCUCCUCCACCACCGUGUCCGGUACAGCGUGGAGGUGCGGACGGCCGAGCUGUACCUGGCCAGGCUGGCCGUGCACCCGGAGCCGCUGAGCGUGGACGCGCUGCUGAGGGUGCAGCGCCGGCUCCAGGCCUGGGGGGUGCUGACCGAGGAGCUCAGAGGCUGCCUGGACUUCGCCGUGCAGAAAUUCACCGAGGAGCCGCUCUGCGUCCAGGACAAUGCCAGGAUGGUGGUGGACUGCGCUGGGCGGGCGCUGAGCUUCUCCGCGGGAGCUGGGGGGAACCAGAUCAAUGUCUACGACGACCGGGACGGCCGCGUCCACUACCGAAUCCAGGCGUCGGGGCUGUGGGCCCGCACCGCGCGGUUCCUCAAUGGCAACUCGCCCCACCACACCCUGAACGUGGGCCCCCGGUGGUGAAGGCUGCCGGGGGAGAGGUUCUGUAGCCAGCUGGAGUGAUGGUCAAUGGGCCAGGGGUGUCCUGGGGGGCCAUGAUCCUGUUCUGCAGCAGAGGGGGCAGAGAGGGUGUUAGCCAAAGAACCCAAGCCUGGACAAAGUUGCCUUGAUCUAUUUAGCUGUUUUGGAUUUAUUCAGUUAGUAGUAAUUUGUUUUAUAAACUUGCCCAUGUGACUCCAAGCUCCAUUUGGCUCUAAUUUUCCAGAGUAAGAACAAAGAGGGGUUCUUACACCUGGAAAAGACUGUAAAAGGCUGAUGCCUCAUCUCCAUCUGGUCUUCAAUCCUGCUUCAUACCUCUGGAGGGACUUUGCUACAAGCGGAAGCUCUGAGCCAAGGACUGAUGACCCCUCCCAGCUGGGGAUGUUCUCCAGAGACUUGAUUUGAACCUGCCGUUUAUUCCAUCCCUGCCGCAAGCCUGAACCAAGAACUCUGCCAUGACUGUGUGUCAUUGAUUCCAUUUCACCAAUUCUAGCUCCCACCUGUAUCUUUUCCCUUUUAUGAUUUUAGAUUCUAAAGGAUGGGCCACAGCG